UAAAACGUGUGUUUUCUUCUCUAUUUUCUCAGUUUAUCGACAGACUUUCAUUCACGCAAGUCUAUGUGAAAUCACAAUGUUUGUUCUCUUACUAUCAGUGAUUAUCGUGAUCUGCUCACUCAUUAAGUUGUUGGAUGUGUAUCAAAAGAGCCUCCCAUCUUACAAAGCCUCUAUUGGAUUAGGAGGUCCUGCUCCUCUAACAUUUUGUCAGGCUAUAAAGCUGGCACUUUCGCUAAACAGAGUGAAUAUCUUUACAAGUUUUCGAGAAUAUGCUCAAACUUAUAAAAAAUCUUAUGCUUUUUGGUGUCUUGGAACUGCUUACGUCAGGAUCAUAAAAGCUGAAGACAUGGAGAAAAUACUUAGUUCAGCGAAGCAUGCGAAGAAAGGUUUCGUCUAUCGCUUUCUCGUUCCCUUUCUCGGGGAAGGACUUUUGAUAAGUAAUGGCAAAAAAUGGGCUCACAGACGAAAAAUCCUCACACCGGCAUUUCAUUUCAAUAUCCUUCAACAAUUCGUGAAAAUCUUUCAACGAGAAGGCGCCAAACUUACUACUCAAGUGAAAUUUGCCGAAAAUCCAGUGAAUCUCCCAAAGAUAAUCUCUAAACACACACUUAAUGUGAUUUGCGAAACAGCAAUGGGAGUCACGCUGGACUCUCAAGAGGAGUCUCAAGUCUAUCGAGAGGGUAUUCAUCAGACGGGAAAAGUUCUUGUUCUGCGAUUCAUCAAGCCUUGGCUCAGGUCUGACUUUGUCUUCAGGAUUAUGGGCUAUGAAAAUGUGCUGUGGCAAAUUCUUACGCCAAUUCACUCAUUUACGAGAAAAAUCAUACGUGAGAGAUGUUGCAAGUUCAAGGACAACCAGCCUACAGUUAACAACAAUGAGACAUGCGAUCGCAGAGAGAGACACGCAAUGCUGGAUACACUGCUGUUAGCUGAACAAAAUGAUCAAAUCGAUUUGGAAGGAAUCCGGGAGGAAGUGGACACGUUCACUUUCGAAGGUCACGACACAACGGCCUCAGCGAUCACGAUGAUCCUCUUCUCGCUAGCUGAGAAUCCUGCAGUGCAAGAAAAAGUUUAUAGGGAAAUAAUGUCAAUAAGAGGGGAGAAGAACGGGUCACCACUGGAGAUUGCAGACUACAGCAAUAUGGUUUACACUGAUCGAGUGAUCAAGGAAUGCCUCAGACUGUAUCCUCCGGUUCCUUAUAUAUCGCGUGAAUUGACAGAAGAUCAGGAGAUCAAUGGAUAUUCUGUACCCGCUAAAACAUUGAUUGAGGCUCUUAUUUUCGAUCUCCAUCGAGACCCUGAGGUCUUUCCUGAUCCCGAGCGCUUUGAUCCGGACAGAUUUCUGCCUGAACAUGUGGAGAGGCGCCAUCCUUUUGCUUAUCUUCCUUUCUCUGCCGGGCCACGCAAUUGCAUUGGCCAGAAAUUCGCCCUGCUGGAAAUCAAGACGGUGAUCGAGAGCAUCCUGAUGAACUUCCGCCUUUCUCCCAUCACUCAUCGCGAUGAUAUUGUCUUCAUCGCCGAUAUGGUGUUGAGGACCGAAGAUCCCAUAAAGAUCGAGUUUAUCAAGCGACCGCAGAAUCAGUGAUCUUUUACAUUUAUGUAAAUGCUAAUGAGAAAGAAGAAAAAUAUUUAUAAAGCAA